CUUGAGGUCGAUUGUGAGAUAAUCUUUGGAUCCGAAGCCAUGAGACCUGCUACUUCGUCAGUGAAUACGUAGUGCAUCGUCUAUGCACAUAAAGCAGUGUCAAUCUUGCUACAUCCAGCCAUAUCGAUCAUACAGCCUUCCAAAACAGCCAACGUGUCCGGAAUAUCACAAAUUAACAAUCCAUAAAGCAGCAAUCGAGCUCUCAAGCCACGCAUUCCUAUCUCUUUGCCACCAGCUACCCAAGGCUUCCCCAAGCUCAAGCGCAAUACAAUGUGUACGUACAAGACCAUCCAAUGAAUGUGCUGUCGCUGCAUGCGAAACACGGUUCAUAUACAGAGUCGUACGAUCUGGUGUCGCCUAGGGGCUCCUCAUACAAGGAUUGUGGAAGUGUACGCAAUGAGACGGUAAUGAUGCGAGGGCGGAGCUUGUGUGCAUGGUGCCAGAGCAAUAGGGCGAGAUGACGAUUCCUA